CUGCGCGCCGGGCGCGGGCCAGGAGCCGGGCGGGCAGCGGAGGAUGCCGGAGACCGGGCAGGAGCCACCCAGCGCCCCUCCGCCUCCCCCCAAGGAGUCCUUCUACAUCAAGAACCUGCUCAACGGCGGCCCCCCCAAGGCGCCCCCCAAGCAGCCGCGGGCGCUGUUCGCCCCCUCGGGCAAGGCGGCGGUGGACGGCGCCGGCUUCGCCCUCUCGCAGGUGGGCGACCUCGCCUUUCCCCGCUUCGAGAUCCCGGCGCCGCGCUUCGCCCUGAGCGCGCACUGCCUGGAGCGCGCCCAGACCUGGUGGUACCCCUACGCGCUGACGCCGGCCGGAGCCCACCUGCCCCGCACGGAAGCUGCGGAGAAAUCCCUGCUGAGGGACUCGUCCCCCGCCUCGGGCACCGACCGGGACUCCCCGGAGCCGCUGCUGAAGGCGGAGGGGGAGCAGAAGGAGCUGGACUCCAAGAGCCCCGACGAGAUCGUCCUGGAGGAGAGCGACUCGGAGGAGGCGAAGAAGGAGGGAGGCGCGGAGGACUGGAAGAAGCGCGAGGAGAGCCCGGAGAAGAAGCCGUGCCGCAAGAAGAAGACGCGCACGGUGUUCAGCCGCUCGCAGGUCUAUCAGCUGGAGUCCACCUUCGACAUGAAGCGCUACCUGAGCAGCUCGGAGCGCGCCGGCCUGGCCGCCUCGCUGCACCUGACAGAGACCCAGGUGAAGAUCUGGUUCCAGAACCGCCGCAACAAGUGGAAGCGGCAGCUGGCGGCCGAGCUGGAGGCGGCCAACCUGAGCCACGCGGCCGCGCAGCGCAUCGUGCGCGUCCCCAUCCUCUACCACGAGAACUCGGGCGCGGAGGGGGGCGCGGGGGGCGGCGGAGCCCCCGGCACGCAGCCCCUGCUCACCUUCCCUCACCCCGUCUACUAUUCCCACCCCGUGGUCACCUCGGUGCCGCUGCUGCGGCCCGUGUGAGCCCGGCCGGCGCUGCGCGGAGGGGCGCGGAGAGGCGCGCAAGUCACCCGGCCGCUUGUAAGUACUGCAGCCCCCCGUGCGAGGCACCCGGCCGGCCAGUGCGGAGCGGGGGGGACUGCGGGGACACGAGUGCGGGGCUGGGGGGACCCCUCGGCGGGUGGGGGUAGGAGGAAAGUCGCGGGAAUUUAGGAGGAAAAAAAAAAAAAAAGAAAGGAAAUAAAAAUGCGGGGGGAGGGAAACGAAAAUGAGGAAAAUGAAAGCGGGGGCUUGUAGAGAACCCUGGAGCUGUCACGCCUUUUGUAAACGUGGAUGAAAACCGCGAUGGUCCCUCUCACUCUCUCUCUCUGCGGCUUUAGUUUUAUUUUUGUAAAAAAGAAAAAAAAAAAGGGAAGAAAAAAAAAAAAAAAAAAAGACAAAAAAAUUAAAAACGGGAAAAAAAGCAUAGGAAUAAAAUAAAAUGAAUGGUCCCAGGCCACUCCUCGAGAUUUGCCAAACGCUAAUGGGAAGCUGAAUUUCUGUUCCUUUCGGAUCUCUCCUUCUGCCUCCAAAUAAUUGUUCAGGCUCCUGAUCCUGUCGUGACUCAAACUUCAUCGACCACGGCUUUUCAUUUAAGCAGACAUUUGCCUCUUUGCUUGCCCACGUUUUGUACCUUUCGGUUUCUGCCAUGAGACUUUCACGAGCAAGAAAUACAGCCUCAAAGUGAACGGUUAAACACACUCGCACGCUUUGAGGGACCCUUAUUUAUUAUCGUUUACUUAGACAUUUUUAAUUCUUGUUUAUAAUUCUUGUUUUCCUAGU